GCGUGUAUAUCAAAACAUAUAUACAUCGACGUUGUAGUGUAACGAAAUCCGCUUUCCCUGGAUGUUGUGCUGGAAAGACAGUGAAUAAUCGGAAACAAGAGGUCGUGUGAUGUUUCAUGUAAAAUACAUCUAUAUGUUGCUAUAAACAAAUAAUUAUAAACAUCUGAAGAACAGGAAAUGGUGAGGUGCGCUCGACUCUGUAUUAUGGACGUCAUCCUUAUUUAAUGAUAGCAUGUUACACUUGAUUGAUGAUUUGUGAACCUAUAUAGCAGGAACUGAACGCCAGACAAUGGAGGGAUAAUAAGUUUACACGGUAUUAGUUAUCCUUAAAAGUCACAAACAACAAACAUACAUGUAUAUAUAGGAAUGCACUGCGCGGAUUGAGAGUGAAAGAUUAGGACAUUAAUAACUACAAUGGCGAAAGAAGAGGAGCAGGAGCUCUCGUACGCCUGUCGGAACCAAUGGAAAUUAAGCAGCUUUGGAUUUAACUACGAGCAACCCAGAUAUUUUAUUACAUUUCAGUGGGGGUAUCCCAAAGUUUUCAUUGUGUGGACAGUUUUAUGGUGCCUACUGCAUGUGACGGUCCUCGCUCUACAACCAUAUUUCUUCAGGGAUGAACUGCCGAACUGGGUGUGGUUUACAUUCCUGACCAACUGGAGCUACGCCAUGUUGGGGCUAUACUCUGUGAUCGAGUCUAUAACUGCCAUCUACGUCAACAUCUACAGAAAAGAUAUAAUCCACGGAGAAGCCCAGUCUUUUCCAUGGUAUUUCAAACUGUUAUGGAUUCAGUAUUACUUGGCAACAAUCCCAGCUAUUACCAUUACCUUGCUGUACUAUCUGCUAUUGAAUGAAGGUAACGAUGCCAACAGCGUACUGAAGCACUUUAUCAACUUUGUUUACGUUGUUCUAAAUCUGCUGUUGACACGAAAACCAUUUCGUAUUUUACAUUUUUAUAUACCUAUGAUCUAUUCAGCUAUUUACAUUCUAUUCACCUUAGUGUACCACAAAGGAUUCAAUCAAAGCCCGAUAUAUUCUGCCCUAGACUGGGAUAAUAUUCCGAACGUCUUCAUUUAUGCUCUCGGAAUCCCUCUGAUCUUUAUACCACUACUGAUGGUUAUAUUAUACGGCCUUACCGUUCUAAGAGAUGCUAUUGGUAACCAUUGUACUAAACGGUGUGCCAGUGCUGAAGAAAAUCCACACCCAUGCUGAAUUCCUAUUCACAGAGACUUUACUAUGGUAAAGUGUUACUAUACAUGCGCAAUAAUUUUGUGAAUAUUUAAUUUACCAGUCUGUAACCCCACAGUAGCAUCAGUAAUGAUUCUUCAGGUAUGAUAUGAUCAUUAUUUUUCUCAGGUAUUUAUCAAUAUGAAUUAUCAUAUCUAUAACAUAUAUUUUGUGAUGUUCACCGCAAGUAUUACGCUUAUGAUACACUAAUUCUACAAAUGAAAUAUUCUAUGUGUUGUUUAAUAAAUCCUUACCAGGAACUAAGAAAA